GUGUUGUGAUUAUGAUUAUGUUAUGAAUGUAGUUUAUAGUUGAAAAUGUCGGAGGAGGUUGAUAAAUAUCCGUUGCAUAAAGCCGUAUUCGAUAACGAUCUGCCGACAGUUUCCAAAUUGCUGCGAAAGCAUAAUGUCACUUGCAAAGACAAGCACGGGAAUACAGCUCUACAUCUCGCAGUUAUGUUAGGUCGGAAAGAAUGCGUCCAACUUCUCCUUAAACACGACGCUCCCGUUAAAGUGAAGAACGGACUCGGAUGGACAGUAUUAGCGGAAGCGGUUAGUUAUGGAAACCGUCCUACGAUCUCUUCGUUGGUUAGAAAAUUCCGACAACAGUCGCGAGAGCAGAUGGAACAUAGACGACCGAAUUUAGUUGCGGCCCUAAAUAAAAUUAACGACUUUUAUAUGGAGCUAAAAUGGGAUUUUCAAAGUUGGGUGCCCUUGGUAUCUAGAAUAUUACCUUCGGAUGUGUGUAAGAUAUACAAAGCUGGUGCCAAUAUCCGGCUAGACACCACUUUGGUGGAUUUUAGUGAUAUGAGGUGGGAAAGGGGCGACAUUUCUUUUAUAUUUAACGGCGACGCCAAGCCCGAUGAGAGCCUCACAGUGUUGGAUAAUAUGAGCAAAGUGUACCAGAAAGUUAGAUACGAGGAAAGCGAGAUGGAAAUCGAGGACGAAGUCGACCUGCUGAUGUCAACUGACAUAUUAGCCGCCCAAAUAUCCACGAAAAGGAUAUCGUUCUCGCGAGCUCAGAGUGGCUGGAUUUUUCGAGAAGACCGGAAGGAACUAGUGGCUGGACAGUAUGAUGCAGAGUUGUACACGGUGCACGGUUUAACAUUGGAAAGUCGAAAGAGGCGGGAACACUUAUCCUCAGAUGACUUGCAAAAAAACAAAGCCAUAUUGGAGAGCUUCACCAAGGGAGGGAAUUUACAGAACCUUGACCAAAAUGGAGUGCCGGUUAGACGUACGAGUUUGGUGCCGCCGCCUGAGAAAAACGUCACUUGGGAAGAAUAUAUCAACUCCGAAAUCAACAACUAUCCGAGAUUGGGUCGGGAGCUCGUUUACAAAGAGUCCUCGAAAUCCUUUAAGGCCACCAUUGCGAUGAGCAGCGAUUUUCCUUUGUCGGUUGAGAUGCUUCUGAAUGUUUUGGAAGUUAUAGCGCCGUUUAAGCACUUUGCCAAGUUGCGAGACUUCAUAACCUUCAAAUUGCCAAACGGGUUCCCGGUGAAGAUCGAGCUGCCCAUUCUGCCCACAGUGACGGCAAAAAUCACAUUCCAGGAGUUCGAGUUUAGGGACGACGUUCCCGUCAAGUACUUUGAGGUGCCCGAUGACUACAUAGAAGACCCGACGAGGUUUCCCGAUUUAUGACGCCCCGAACUGACGAGCUGCUUCGAGAUCCGGCAUUGCCCAAAGCCGCAGUUUCUGUUGCCGCACGAGCGCCGUCAGAUGGCGCUGCGACGUUUCCGGAGGCGGGGCGCCAAAGGUUCGGAGGGCGCGGGGCCCAAAGUGGGACCGCCGGUCGUCGUCGUCGAGGUUCCUAUGCUGUUCACCUUGGGCAGCGUCUACAGCAGCAGUUGCUUGGUGUACGUCGAGUGAGAGAUCCGACAGGUAUAACCGCCGGCUAGAGAAGUGCCGAGGGCUUUCGAGGCUGCCGCGAUGCUUUGUUCCUUUUUUUUUAGUUUUUAUUAUAUUAUAUUUGCUGUUUGUUUGAUAUACUUCGCCUGCGAGAUCUCUAUACGCGGCAGAGAUAUAGAUGGCGGUGUCGAGGUAAAAGAAUUUCCGAUGCUGAUCUCCAGCAGUUUCUGGUCGUUUGUUUAAGUGAUCAAUUGACUUGCCUGAAAGAAAAUUGAUAUCAUAUUAUAUGAGUAUUGCGGUUCGUAGAAUUACAAUCACCACUUGUACUCGCAAUUUUUUCUUACCUGGGUCUCCAUUCCCAUCUCGCUCCCAUAUUUACCUACCGUCAUUAGCAAAAAUUCUUCAAAAAUAAAAUAAUAUAUCAAAUUCUGAUUUUGGCAAUCUCUCCCGCAUCCCAUGUUUGAAGCGACGCAUUCUGUGUGGGAGACAGGCCUCAACAUAACAUGGCUAGUUUUCGGCAACUUUUCCUACAGGGUAUACGUUUAUGAAGGAUGUGCACCUGUCAUGAAGCCGCCUGCUAUUGGUAUUCUCGUAGCGCUCCAAACAUCCUAUUUUUUUUUUCAUCAAAAGUUUCAUCGUCUGUAACGUUUGUAAAAAACGUCGUUUUGCGGAAUUUUUUUUUAGCAUGGUCAUCAACCUCCUUUUUUUUUUCUUCGGUGAUGUUUUCCUAAUUGUUUUUCUGACAUUUUAUUUUUAUGAUUUUCUAUUAUUUCCCUCUUUACCUUUUUUCUUUCUUAUCUGCAAUAAUUGAUGAAUGAGUCAAGUUAUACGGAAACUGUUUUCUUAAUUUAGUUUGCUUGUUAGUUUUAGGACUGGAACUGGAGAAAUUACAUUCAGCAUUCUAGUAGUUGUCCAACCAUCCACACCAAACAAAGAAGCGCUUGUUGAAGGUUCAGGUUCAAAACGAGUCGCCGAGUCGAAUUAUUGUUCCUCUGAUUCUCGGAAAAUUUAUCUUUUUCUGUCACUUUUUCCAGAUUUUGAUUAAGGUUAUUUAAUGUUAGAAAGGCAUGCCCAGGAACUGCUGAGGGUUUCAAAGGAAAAAAUCCAGUUGCGGGAAAACCUGAAGCAGAGCACCAAAUUGUCUACUCUCAAUCUUUUUUUGGGAAUGAUUUGAAUAGUAAUGAAUUCAUCGCAUGCAUUUUUAAAAUAUGUUUGAGAAAAAACGCACGGUCUAACGGUUAAGGAAAGUGCGUCGUGUGAAUUGGGAAACAGCAAUAUCGCAAAUAUAAGGUGACUCCCGUCACAUUUUGAUGACCGUUCCCAUUGGCAUGUUCUUUUGCCAAAUUUGUUGCUAGUUGACACGCUUGAAGAUGCAGUACGGCAGCAUAAAAUUUCUCCCUGCAUUGCAACAUAGCACUACGCUUAUGGUCUCAUGGACAUCUUUACUGUCCUUCAAAGCUACAACUUUACCAGGUAUAUUGUUUAAUUGAAGUCC